AUGGCAACCAUGGCAGCUCAAGCACCACGCGCAUCCAAGACAGAGAGCUAUGUCGACAACAAACGGAAGGACGAUAUCCGUAUGGCGAACAUCAAAUCGGCACGCUCCGUCGCAGACGCCGUCCGUACCAGUCUCGGUCCGAAGGGAAUGGACAAGAUGAUUUCAACAGCCUCCGGAGAAGUCAUCAUCACUAACGACGGCGCCACCAUCCUCAACAAAAUGGAAGUGCUCCAGCCCGCCGCCAAGAUGCUCGUCGAACUAUCAAAGUCACAAGACGUUGUCGCUGGUGAUGGAACCACCACCGUCGUCGUCAUCGCUGGUGCACUCUUGAAACAAUGUCAACAACUUCUUCAUUCCGGUAUUCACCCCACUGUUAUAUCUGAUUCCCUCCACAAAGCCUCCAUGAAAGCGGUUGAUGUUCUUACCGCCAUGGCAGUUCCUGUUGAGCUCUCCGAUCGCGAAUCUCUCGUUAAAUCCGCAUCUACUUCCCUUAACAGCAAGGUAGUUUCACAGUACUCUACACUUCUAGCCCCUUUAGCCGUAGAUUCCGUUUUAUCUGUUGUGGAUCCUGCAAAACCCGAUUUAGUUGAUCUUAGGGAUGUGAAAAUCGUGAAGAAACUCGGUGGUACUGUUGAUGACACAGAGCUUGUCAAGGGUCUAGUAUUCGACAAGAAGGUUAGCCACGCUGCUGGUGGUCCUACUCGUGUUGAGAAUGCCAAAAUCGCUGUCAUUCAGUUCCAGAUCUCCCCUCCCAAAACUGACAUUGAACAAUCCAUUGUAGUAUCAGAUUACACCCAAAUGGAUAGGAUUCUGAAGGAAGAGAGGAAUUACAUUCUCAGCAUGAUCAAAAAGAUCAAAUCCGCUGGUUGUAACGUGUUGUUGAUCCAGAAAAGCAUCUUAAGAGAUGCAGUUACAGAUUUGUCUCUCCAUUAUCUUGCCAAAGCCAAGAUUUUGGUGAUCAAGGAUGUUGAACGUGAUGAUAUUGAGUUCAUCACCAAGACACUAAACUGCUUACCAAUUGCAAACAUUGAACACUUCCGCGCUGAAAAACUUGGGUAUGCUGAUAUGGUGGAAGAAGCUUCUCUUGGAGAUGGAAAGAUUGUUAAGAUAACUGGAAUCAAAGACAUGGGUAGAACAACAACUGUUCUUGUUCGUGGAUCCAAUCAGCUUGUUCUUGAUGAAGCAGAAAGAAGCUUGCAUGAUGCUUUAUGUGUGGUGAGGUGCCUAGUGAACAAGAAGUUUCUGAUUGCAGGUGGUGGGGCCCCUGAAAUUGAGCUGUCUAGGCAGUUGGGUGCAUGGUCUAAGGUGUUGCAGGGUAUGGAGAGUUAUUGUGUGAGAUCUUUUGCUGAGGCUCUUGAAGUUGUUCCCUACACUUUGGCUGAAAAUGCAGGGUUGAAUCCAAUCACCAUUGUUACAGAGCUUCGUAACAGACAUGCACAGGGUGAAAUCAAUGCUGGAAUCAACGUGAGGAAGGGGCAAAUUACAAAUAUUUUGGAGGAGAAUGUGGUGCAGCCAUUGCUUGUGAGCACAAGUGCUAUCACUUUAGCUACCGAGUGUGUUCGGAUGAUUUUGAAGAUUGAUGAUAUUGUUACAGUGAGGUAG